AUGGUUAUCAAGGUGCAAAUGAACAAUGAUAGACGCAGAACCAGGGCCAUGAAGAUUGCCGCAGCAGCAUAUGGUGUGAGCUCGGUGGCAAUACAAGGGCCAGAAAAAGAUGAGUUGGUGGUGAGUGGGGAAGAUAUUGACUCGGUUAACUUGACCCGCUCGCUAAGGAGGAAACUUUGCUAUGCGGCAAUAUUGAGCGUGGAAGAAGUGAAGGCAAACGCAGGAACGGCCUCUUCAGCAAGUUUGAGCAAUAUUUCACAGUUUCCAGCGUAUUACCAACCAUAUCAACCGUUUCCCAAGUACUAUGAAGUUGUCCACGAAAAUAACUGCUCCAUCAUGUGA